CAAGCAGCAACAACUUCAGCUGGUUGAGGACUUCUUUUUUUUUUUUUUUUUUUUUUAAGUCGAAUGAAAUGCGGAUUUGUUAACACAUUGUAAACAUCGCUGUUUUGUGUUAUAACGUUAGUGUUUGUAAAGGAAAAUCAACUAUACAAUGGCUUUAUAUUUUUUGGUGACAAUAUUUUCAGUUUUAUCUGCUGCUUUGGCCAUAUCUGUGAGCAUACCUAAAGAUGUAUAUGAGGUUGCAAGAGGAGACAAUGUGACGAUACCAUGUAGCUUCAAGUCAACUCUGAUUCUGAGCGAGAUUAAAGUCCUGACUGUUCAUUGGGCUCGACUUGCAAAAAACCCACAAGAUCCCGCGUCAAAAAUACUUGAUUAUUAUUAUCCAGCCAAUGAGUUGGAUAUUAAUGCAAAGUAUGAAGGAAGAGUUGGUUUUGUGUCGAAACCUGAAACGGGAGAUGUUUCUAUCUACCUCAGUAAAGUGACUCUAGAGGACAGUGGCUUUGUGGAGUGUGCUGUCAACAUUGCAAAAGACAAUUCUGGGGUAAACACGCGUGCAACAAAUCUGCUUGUAUUGGUUGCUCCAUCAAAGCCACUGUGCUCCUUGGAAGGAAAGGCAGAAUAUGGGCAGGACCUCAGACUGAAAUGUUUCUCAGAAGAAGGGUCUCCUCCACCAGUUUACAAGUGGACAAGCUAUGAUGUAAGAAACACUCUGAGGCCGGAUCCACCAAAAUCCAAACAGGAAAAUGGAAUGAUGACUCUGCUGAAUGUUUCCAUGGACACCUCUGGAUUCUUCAUUUGCACCUCGUCCAAUAAAAUCAGUUCCUCCUCCUGCAACAUUACCCUUGCUGUCAUGCCUCCUUCCAUGAAUAUUGCUAUGACUGCCGGGAUUAUUGGAGCCAGCAUUGUUGCUCUCAUUAUCAUUGCAAUAGUGGUUUACUGUUGCUGCUGCCGUACAACCAGACCACCCAAGGAAUAUGAAAUGGAGGUUCCAAGAGAGGAACCCAAGCCCCAGAAGAACACAGAAGAAUAUUGUGAUGAAAAGACCGAGCCCCCCCACAACGGAGACAUGUACUAUGUUGAUGAUGAGGAGGAGAAGAAGAAGGAAGAGGAGGAGGAGGAGGAAGAUGAGGAGGAGGAGGAGGAGGAGGAGGAGAAGGAGAACGAACGCUCCAGGACUCCCAUGAUGCCACCUAGCAAGCCACAGGAUAUGAGCCAUUCUGAUUCUUAAGUAUACUUGCUUGCUGUAUUGUUUUUAGAAAGAGACUAAGCACUGGAGAACGGAUCCCUUUAUUUUAUUAAUUCAAUUUAAACAUCAGGGUUUAACAGACCCCAGUUUGGCACUAAUAUUGGACUACCUAAUGUUACCUUAGGUAAGGUAGGGUGUGAAUCCAGCCAUCUUUAUUUCUUUCCUGUCAUUUCCUCUGUUUAUUUUUUAGAACUUAGAAAUAUCGUUUAGCAAAAAUAAGUACUCUGGCAAGUAUGCAAUCUCACGCAUCUACUGUAUAACUAGUCCUGCAAUGUGUGUGAUUGCAGAACUGCUGGAACACUUUUAGAAAUGUGGUUUCUGCGGGUGUCAAUCACAUCGCUUGCUCAAAACACACACAGUCAAAAUAUCUUUUCAAAUUUUGUUUAUACUUUAAAAUAUUUUGUAUUUGAUUUAAAUGUCAUGUUUUACAUGUUUGUUUUUAUAAUCAUGUUUAGUUACUAUGCUUAACCAUGUAUUGCCAAAUGGAAUUUCAGUUGCUUGCUUUUUCUUUUUACCUUAACAUGCCCCAUAAGAUGGUUCCUGACACACCUGGCAAGGUGUAGCAGUGGAGACCUCAGAAACCAAUUGCAUAUUAGGUAUAUAAUGAAUUUAUAUUUAAUGAAUUUUAUAAAAUGAAGUUGCCGGUUUUCAGUAAUAUGGUAUAUAGUAUGGGUGUUGUAAUUACAUAAUAAAACAUAUUUUAAAAUGAGUAUUUUCUAAGCAUAAUUGUACUUUAAGUUGCGAAAAUAGGAGAUGAUAGGAAUUGUGGUCAGGUUUUUGUAAAUAGAAAUAUGUGAUCUAAACAUACAUGCAUAUAUACAUACAUACAUACAUGAUGCAAGAAGUAUGGACCGUGUACAGUACAGUGCUCCCUCUUUAUAGUGCUGCAGUCUGUAGCACAAUGGGUUAAAUCGACCCAUUCCCAUUCCACUGUAUAACCAGGUCUGCAGCAUAAUGGGCAGUCUGAUAUAAAGGGGACACAGCAUAUAUUUGAAUCCUGAAUCAGAGUAGUUUUGUCACCUUGUUGUCAGUGAAAACGAUUAGAAGAUUGUGCAGAUAUAUACUACAGACAAACCUCUAUUAAUAAUAAUAAUAAUAAUAAUAAUAAUAAUAAUAAUAAUAAUAAUAAUAAUAAUAAUCUUUAUUUUUAUAUAGUGCCUUUCACAGUGGACCACCAUGACAAAGCACUUUACAGACUACUAGAGGGAAUGCUUGUGUGUAGCGACCUCUAAUGAAUCCCCAUGUGUACAUCCCAAAUUAAAACAGCUGCAUUUAUAAACCAUUUUGGGUCAGCCCCUGAAGUGGUCACUUUAAGCAAUUUUGAAUGUAUUCUACUCUUGUCCCAUUAGAGGAUGUCACUGGCCUCGAGGGGAAUACAAUUUAAUGAUGAGUAUGCGUCUAAAACCAUAUUGUUUACAGUGGUUUAUUUUUAUUCUCUUGUCGCAUACAUAUACUGGUAUAUAAUACUUUUUUUUGUAUAUUGGUAUCGGGUAUAACUGUAAACUUUGGGUUGAUGCAAUAUAUAUAUGUGUGUAUUUUUUAUUUUUUUUAUAAUUUGAAAGAGCAUUGUAAACUAAUGUUACGUGGCUUUUAUUGCUAUGGUCUGAAAUCACUGUAAAAUGAUGAUACAAAUAAAGGCAAUUCCCUUUAA